GCCGCUUAAUGCGGCAAUGACCACGCGCUGGCGAGCUCCGACAUUGAGAAGGGGAGAACGAAGAAGUCCAGCGAGCAGCUUCAUGGCGGCGGCCUCCUCGUCGUCUGGUGUCGCAGCGGGCCUCACAGAGGACGAUGACGAGGUCGUCGCCGAGUUGGACGUUUACGUCUCCCAGGCAUUGGCCGACCACUUGUACCUCGUCCAGUACCCGCAGUGGAAGCCCGACGCUCACUACGACGAGGAAUGCAUCGCGGCGCGAGUCAAUCCCGAAGAGCGGAAGAUCGAGCUCGAGUUCGCCCCCAACAACGACGACCCGAGCUACGACGCGGAGCCAGCUCGACAAUUCAUCGGUGAUGCGACGACAUCGGACACCGAUGUCGCCGCGGAAGUUGUACAGGAACAUCAGGCGCACGCUACCGUCGAACGGCCACUGGUAACGGUACCGGAUGCGAGCACCUACUUCGGGGAGACGGUGAAGAAUAAGUCCUUGGAAGGUGUUGCGAAUGUGGAGAUGGAGCCACCGACUGACGCCACCAGCGCAGGGCCCGUAAUGGGUAUAAAUGUGGAGCCUGGGACAAGCGAUGGAGUUCGACGUUCCAUGAAAGUGGAACCCGGCUCGUCAAUAAAUCCGGAACCUACGACCAGCGGCGCCAGUCGUGAAAAUUCGGUGAAAGUGAACACUAGCCCGGCGAACACCGGCGCCACCAAGCACAGUGAUGGAGGGGCUAAGACGUCGAUGGACAGUCACAUCGUCAUGUCCACGGUUUCGAACACUCGUCCUGAAAACUACGCCGUGGGACUUCUCCUGCCGGGCGAGCUUCACCUGACGCCCCUUCACGCAAUCGUAAGCAUGGCACCGGCAUUGCACCAUUUGCACCAUCCUGCGGACCAAUCGUCGGACGCCGACGCCAAGGCAAUGCCACCACUACCAGCAGUGGACGAAAGCAGCGGCAUAGCGCCGGAGAGUGACUGCGCGAACAACGAUCUGACCACGCAGGCUGAGGUCUACGUCAACGAAAACGACGGUGCCGAACGUUCCAAACACGUUCGCCAGCGGCGCUUUGCGCAGUUGCAACGCGAGAGCGAAAGCGAACCAUGGGUGGACGCUACAGUCCACUACUGUUACUCCGAGACGUCUCUCACCGAGAGGGAGCUACUAGUAGGACCCCGGAGCGAGCGACACGUCUCGUCUCGUCCUGGGGAACGCUAUCUGCGGAGGCUUCUCACAGGGAAGCCAAUGGCACAGCAUCCAAACGAAGCCCGUUCGCAGAUUCACGCCUUGCCAGGCGAGUUCAGCUCGCAGGAGCUGUCCAUGCACGACAUCAGCUGCCUGCCGCUCGAAGACCAGAUAACAGCCAUCCUCCGAAACGUCAAGGUGAUUGACUUCGGCAAACUGAUGUCGGUGCUGCCGUGCACGGCUAGCGAAGAGUCCGUCCUCAACAUCCUGCAGUACGCGGCGGUUCUGGUACAGGGCUGCUGGGUGGUGAAGAGUGAGGAGCUCUACCCGUGGGAAGGCAUAAGCGAAAAGAAGCUGAAGCCACUGCAAAUACGCGAGAAGACGUUGUGCAACGCCCGCGACCUGCUCUUGUACAUGUACACCGAGACAAGGCACGUCGUGGAGUCCGCGUUCGCCGACACCCUCAGGCAAGGCCUCUGUUCACUUCCCCAUGAAGACAUCAGGGCUCUCCUGGAGGACAUCGCCAGGCCGACCCCUGACGGCUGGGAGUUCCUCCUGCCGUGCGACUCCGACUUCACGAAAGCUCACCCUGACGUGGUUCUGAAACAACACCGGGUGUGGCGCGACCGGCGCGUGGCUCUUUCGAGGACGUUCCGCCCGUCCGUGAUGGCGCGACUGCAGAAGAAGCAAAGAGAUCAUGGAGAGUCUUCUUCGAACGAUGGCAGUGGAAACAAGGCUUGCCGUCGUCGGACAACGUCCAAGACACUGGAAAGCACGCCGAGGUCUUCCUGCGGUAGUCCGGUCACGAAGCUCAGCAAAAUGGCGGAAUGAUCCGCUGCAACAACAGCUAGUAACAUUAAAGUCUAAAAUGGUCCGAACUCAAGCUAUCGCAGUUGGUUGGUGAGAGCUUUUAGCCAUGAAUCAGUAACAUUAGGCUCCCGUGAAGACCACGUCGUCGAAAAAUUUGUUGUUUUUAUCGCGCUGCGGUCUAGUACUGGAACGUUCUGUAACCAGGAUGGGCCAUGUCUAACCUGUUGGAUCGACUGCGAUAUUGAACUCAUCAGGGAAGCUGGAUCCGGCCUGUCUGCGGCACAACUUCGUCACUACGUCUUUCGUGGUUUUUCUGUCGGUAUUAAAUGAU